UGCAAAAAAUACUUGACCGAUGGGCUACAUUUAAACAGUGAUGGUUACAAUAUUGUCUUCAAGGCCAUCGUGGACAUUGUAGAGCGGGUGUAUCCAGAACUGGACCCUACUGAAUUCAAUGGUGUGAAGAUGCAAGAUGUGUUUGCACCCUGGGACCAAGUGAAUGUACAAAAUCCAAGGCCAUCUUUAGUGAAACGGAAAGUACAGCUGUAGCGACGUGCACGACGAAUCAUUAACUUGUCUUAGAACUGUGUUAUAGACUAUCAUAGUAUGUGUAUGUACUAGGAGGAUGAUCGGUCCCAAAGAAGUUCCGAAACCCGGAUUGACAAAAG